AGAGUUUCCCAUUUCAUGGGCAGCCGUGGAGGGUGAAAAUAACUUGUCUUGGGUCUGGUUUUUCACCCAUCUAUAGGCUUGUUUGGAGCAAGGAGAUGGCACUGGUGUGGCCAUUAUUUCUGAUGAACAUCAGGCAAUCCUACAUGCUGUUGCUGAAGUGCUUCCUAAAGCUGAGCACAGACACUGUGCUCGACACAUUUUCUCACACUGGCAUAGAACAUACAAAGAAGAUGAAAUGAAGCUCCAGUUUUGGAAGAUAGCCAAAUCCUACAAUGAGGCAGAUUAUAAUGAGGCUUUAGAGCAGCUCAAAAAAAUGGAUCCUGAGGCAGCUCUUGCUUUUCAGAGGUACAAUCCUAACUGUUUCUGUAGAGCAUUCCUAAAUACAUCUUUCAAGACUGAUGUCAUAACAAACAAUAUGGCCGAAACCUUCAACGCAUACAUAAUUAAUGCUUGGACAAAACACCUCAUUUACAUGCUAGAGGAUAUUAGGGUUGCUCUUAUGCAAAGGUUAGUGAAUAAGAAAAAGGAAAUGCAGAAACACACAAGUAUUUUGUGCCCUAGGGUACGAGCCAGACUUGAGAAAGAAAAAGAAAAAGCAGCUUACUGUGAUGUCCUCCCCUCCUCUGACAGAUUGUUUAAUGUUAGAUAUUGCUUAGACCAAGUUAAUGUUGAUUUAGUUGCAAAGACAUGUAGUUGUAGAAAAUGGAACAUGGUUGGUGUUCCUUGUUGCCAUGCCAUAGCCUGCAUCUUUUUCUUGAACAAAGAUGCAGAGGCUUAUGUUGAUGAGUGGUUCAUGCUUGAAACCUAUUUUAUGGCUUAUAGUGGUUCAAUCCCACCUUGUGAGGGAGAGAGGUACUGGCCAAAGGUUCCCUGUAACUUGGACCCACCUCCAAUAAAGAUUGGUCCAGGUAGACCAAGGAAGAAUAGGAUCAAGCAUCCCCUUGAAAACCCAAAGAAGCCUGGUUCUUUAUUAAGGAGUGGGAUUGAGAUGACAUGUAGCAUCUGUAAGAGUAAGGGACAUAACAAAAGGAGUUGUCCAGAUAAAGGGACCUAUGUAGAACCUGAACCUGCUCCUAAAAGACCAAUAGGAAGGCCUAGGAAUGAUUUUGCUUCAACCCAACCACUAGUCCCUUCACAAGUAGCUUCAUCAUCAACUCAUGCUGCAACAACUACCACUGCACCCGUUUCAGCUCAACAGGCUACAUCACAACACCAUACAACUACAGCACAACCUACUCAACUUGGUAGGGGUGGGAGGGUGAUCUUAGGAGGCCAAGGUGAAAGAGGUGUAACCCAAGCAGCUGCUAGAAAAGGUGUGUUUCUUAGCCAACCUACUGCAUCAGGUCAAGGAACACAGAGAACAAGAGGGAGAGGAACUGGACGAGGCAUUGGCAGAGGCAGGACUAAGGUCCCAAUAGGAGUUGGAGUGUUGUUUAGUUCAGAUGGGACACCACUUUCACAGGGGGCUAACACUAGAGGAGGGGGUAGAAGAAAGGGAAGAGGUCUUGGAAGAGGAUCACAGUCCACCCAAUAACUGCAAUCUGACCUUCACUUGUGCCUUUUGUUUAUGAACUUUUGUGAAUAAAAUCUAAGACCAUUAUUUAGCUUAAUGCCUUGCCAGCAUUUUGUCUGUAAUGAAGUACUAACCACUAUGCUUAUUUUGCAUGAACAAUUAUCAUUUUGUUUCACAAAGCACUGGUGGAUGUACUAAACUGAAGUUGUUUUGCAAUGCAAUGUACACUUUAUGCUGUUA